AUGACUGUAUGUUUGGCUCAAGCUGCUGCACCUGUUGAGCAAUAUGGAUAUGAAUAUGUGCUUAAUCUCUACCUUGUUGAAAUAUAUGGUUGCAAUGCCACAGUGAAACCGGUUGCAGGUGUUUCCGGAGAGUUUUGGUCCCCGGCCACCUUUGGAACAAUUCUCGUUGGUGAUAACCCACUGGUUGAAAAGCCAAGCCCAUACUCGCGUAGAGUCGGCCGAGCCCAAGGCGUGGUGGUGGUGGCAUCUAAAGACGGAAGGUACAACUAUGAAACCUCCUCUCAUAGGUUCACAACCGGCGAGUAUAACGGCAGCACGUUAGAGACACGAGGAACAUUCGACAGGCUAUCCGGGGAACCUAGCGAGCUCUUGAUCGUAGGAGGUACAAAACAGCUUAUGGGUGCUAGGGGAAUUAUUAUUCUUCAAGCCCUUGUUCAAGCUUAUAACUACACAGUUUUUCAAGUCACCUAUAAGUUUUCACUUCUCGUCAACUGA